AAAAAAAAAAAAAACAAAAAACAUAAAAUUUUCCCCUAACUCGCUAAAAAAAAGAAGCGUUUUAGGCCUUUGACAUUGUCUCGUGAUACGCGUCGGCCAAGUGAUAAGAGCCAGAAAAGAGCAGAAAUAUGCAGCAAAGCCCAACAGCAACCAACAAUUGGUCAUUUCAGCCACUACAUCGCCAGAGGAGCAUCGGGGCUGGUGGCGGCAAUCAUGGCUAUCGCUAUCAGCUUAAUAGUGUGCCUGAGAAUAAUGAGCUCACCACGCCCCCGCCAAAUCGUAAGCCGCUCCAAAUACAAAUUGGUGGCAUUUCGUCUGCGGCUGCUAAUCCUUUUCCUGCUUCCGCAUCCGCAACGGCAUCUGUGGGAGCUGCUGGCGAGAAGACGACAACCAAACGCAGGUACAUAACAGCGCGCAAGAAGACAAAGACAACCAUGAAAAUGCUGGUGGAUACAGAGCGGGAGGAAGCGCUCAACUUGCAAAUUGAAUUUGAAUGGGUGCUGAGGCAAGAAGUACAUGCGAUAUUAAAACAAUUGCGAACCAUUCUGGUGGAGUGCGCCCAUCGAUUUCCCGUGCCGCUCUAUGAAAAUGAGGGAAAGAAGACUGAAAAGUUCAUACUCAGCGUGUCGCCCGAUCAACUAAAGGCGGUGUUAACUCUGACAGGCGAUGCCAUAACACAGGCGGAUAUUAGCUUUAAGUUGUGCAAAGCUCCCAGCCAAACGCAACGUACCUCAAUUACCCACGACUCACCAUGGAAGCUGCAGCAGGUCCAGGAUGCUGCCAAUCAUCUACAAACAGCCAUCAACCACAUUGAUGAUGUGGAUGACUCUUAUCACUUCAAAACCUCCGAUGAAGUGUUGCAUGUGAUAGGCAAUAUUCUGGAUGCCUUGCAGCGUGGACGCACAAGUCUUUUGGUACCAAAGAAGAAGCCCAUCGACGAGCUGAUCAAGGGACGUAACAUGAAAUCGUUGGUGCCUAAUUUACCAGAAGAUUUGGCUGUUAGUUUCUACUUGCAAAGCCACAAGCUUAUUAUAGCCGUCUAUCAGCUGUUAAAUAAUCAAGGAACAAUGCGCUUUGAUUCACGCCAGGCAGAGGCAUCGGUGCAAUGGUUAAACGAUGUUUUACUCUUGCUAAUGAACGGCCAAAAGCUCUGCCAGCAAUUAAAAGACAAGAUAUCUGUGUUUUCGGUAUAUAAAGAUUUUACAGUUGGUUCGCGUUCACCCUCGGCAUUAUCCUACUGAAAGAGAGAGGAGGUUGAUUAUCUUACAUAAUAAUCCAAAAUCCAAAAUAAAAAUGGGCGACAGAAAACAAUAACAACAA